AUGGUUUUGUUUUUAAUUUACAUUCCAAUUUCUACGACAUAUAACGGAUGCUUGAUCGGAACAAUAGCAACCACAAAUGCUAUUACUUACACCAUUAUCGAAAUGAUUGGAUCAUUCCUUACAUGGAUUGUCGAUCUCAUUAUUUAUCAUGGAUUUCAUGGAAAGUUCAUCCUGCACUCAAAUGGAAAGAUUUUUGGAACAAAAUGGACAAAAUACAGUUACCUGCGCUUGAUUGGCUCUGUAAUUUAUUUCAUCGGCUUCUUAAUCUACUCAGGAGUAAUUAAGUUUAAGUGCUUCACGUAUCCCCAAUCAAAUGUACGACUUAUGCAUGUCAAUCCAUAUGAAUCUGGUAGUAGUGUCGAACAAAUAAUUUAA